AUGCAUAGCCUGUUUGUUUGGGGAAGGGAACGGGAGGCGUCCUCUCCUCUCAGUCUUCUCUCACAAAGUUGUUCUGCAGCGCAGCUCUUCGUUCUGUGAUGAUAGUGAUGAAUAGUCACAGUGUGCUGUGAUUCCUCACGCAGGCGGGCUGCUAUGUGUGUGUCACAGAGCUAGAGAGCGAGGGGGAGGUGAAAGUUCACCAUGGCUUGGCCAUAUCAGGUGACAAUGUGGAAAAGUUUGGCUGCCGCCUCAGAUUAAAUUUCUUAAACUCGGAGAAUGACAAGCGAACGGAAAUACAAUGAAGUGGACGGAGAAAACGAAGCGCUGUUGUUCGAUUAUUAUGAGGAUGAUGAUGAUUUCGACACAUUCACUGACGGAGACGGAGACUGCGGCUGUGAUGAAGGAGUGUUGGGCUUCAGUGAUCCGUUCAGCAGUGAGGUGAAACCUCGGAUCCUGCUCAUGGGCCUGAGACGAAGCGGAAAGUCUUCCAUUCAGAAAGUUGUAUUCCACAAGAUGUCACCCAACGAGACUCUCUUUCUGGAGAGCACUAAUAAGAUUUGUCGAGAGGACGUUUCCAACAGUUCCUUUGUCAGCUUCCAAAUCUGGGACUUUCCUGGUCAGAUUGAUUUCUUCGACCCCACAUUCGACUAUGAGAUGAUAUUUCGUGGCACAGGGGCUCUCAUCUUUGUCAUAGACUCUCAGGAUGAUUACGUGGAGGCAUUGAGUAGACUUCACCUCACUGUGACAAGAGCCUACAAGGUUAAUCCUGACAUCAACUUCGAAGUGUUCAUCCACAAGGUCGAUGGCCUUUCCGAUGACCACAAAAUUGAGAAACAGAGGGACAUACACAAACGAGCCAAUGAUGAUCUAGCCGAUGCUGGUUUAGAAAGAAUACAUUUAAGCUUCUACUUGACAAGCAUCUAUGAUCAUUCAAUCUUUGAGGCCUUCAGUAAAGUUGUGCAGAAACUCAUCCCUCAACUUCCCACCCUUGAGAAUCUGCUCAACAUUUUCAUAUCUAAUUCAGGGAUUGAAAAGGCUUUUCUCUUUGAUGUGGUCAGUAAGAUUUACAUAGCAACCGACAGCAGCCCGGUGGAUAUGCAGACCUAUGAAUUGUGUUGUGACAUGAUAGAUGUGGUUAUCGACAUCUCGUGCAUCUAUGGGUUGACUGGAGAUGAGGCAGGAACUCCGUAUGAUAAAGAAUCAAUGGCCAUAAUCCACUUGAACAACACUACGGUCAUGUACUUAAAAGAAGUCACCAAAUUUCUUGCCCUGGUGUGUUUUCUCAGAGAAGAGAGUUUUGAGAGGAAAGGACUUAUCGACUACAAUUUCCACUGUUUCAAGAAAGCCAUAGAGGAGGUGUUCGACGUGCGCUUGAAAGUGCAGAGGAGUCGGAAGCUUCUGAGCCAGAGGAGGUGGAGCAGGCAGACUGUGCCAAACGGGACUCAGGUGCAUCCUCAUUGAAGAGCAUUGAAAGCACGCCAGCCUGUUACAGUGACUCCGGAGUGAAGGCUUCACACAGACUUCGCUUGUGCUUUGAAUCUUCUUCAGGGCCACUUGCUGCUCUUCAGCAAUCCAAAAUGGCGAUAUAGAUUCCGUUGUGCAUUAAAUAUCUUGCACGGCUAACUUAGCUGUCCAUGCAAAGUUGUAAAGUAAGGAAAUUUUUUGUUGUUUUCAAUAAUAUUUUUUACUCAAAAUCAAUCAGCUGUGCUUGAGUUUCUCACAAAAUACAUGGUAAAAGCCAUUACCAAAGUCACAAGUGCAAUAUCAUACAGAACUUUUGUCGCAUUUUUACAGUAGGGCACAAACAUCUCAUUCAGAAUGCAUUGUAAAACAAGAAAGUGAUUUUUUUUUUUUUUCUUUAGUCCAUAAUUAUUUAUUUUAUUACCCCUGCAGAUUUUUUUUUUUUACUUUGUCAUUUAUGGUUAAACAGCUAUUCAGUUUUGCAUAUAUUUCUUUAUUUACUUAAAAUUGUAUUUUAAGUUUGUCAGCAAAUUUUUCAGGGCUAACUACUGUUCUUCAGCAAUCUGAAUAGUGCAUUAAAUAUAUUGCACAACUAACUUGGCUGUCCACAUUUUAACAGUUGGCAAAGAAUGCAACAUUUUUUUUUUUUCAAUAAUAUUUUUUACCUUAGAAAAAUAUGUGCUAAAAGUUACAAGUGCAAGAUACUUUUUUAGAGCACAAACAUCUCAGUUAUCUUCUAUUUACAUUGUAAAAUAAGAUUUUUUUUGUAAAAAAUAAUUUUGAAUUGCUUAAAAUUUUUAAUUAAUUUCCCCUUUUAAUUCCUAAUUAUUUACACCGCAUUUGAUUUUUGAUCUUAUUUGAUCUCAUGCAUUUUUUUUGUCUGUUUAUUUCCUUAAAAUUGUAAUUGUGUCAGCAACAUUAAGUUAACAAACAAGCAUACUGUAUGAUUGGUUGUUUUGCAUAUACCAGUGGUUCUCAAUCAAGGAGCCGGGACCCAUUAGAGGGCCUCAGCAAACUUCUUAACAGACUUAAAAUAAUUCAAAUGAAUUAUUAUUAUAACACAAAUAAUAUUAAUAUCAUAAUUAAACAACUAAUACUAUUUCAUUAUUUCCCCCCCUCAAUAGCUAUUGAUAGUUUCUGUUUGCAAAAAAAGAUUAAAAACAAGCAUCUUUGUCAUAAUUACAGCAAAAAUACUGGAGAAAAAAUAUUUUAUAUAAAAUUAUGUUGGCCUCCAAAAAGGUUGAGAACCACUUGCAUAUACAUUUGCCAUAUUGUAUACAUUUUAAGCAUAAAAUUGUAUGCUAAUUUGCAGCAUAUUUAUUUAUUUAUAUUGUUUAAAAAAUGAAAGUGCUUUUGUUUAAAAAAGUCUCUUUCUUUGUCACUCACAACUACAUAAAAAUAUAAUUUUUUAUUUUACUACCACGUAUCUAACUUUAUAUUAGACAUCAAUUUAAAAUGUCUAGUAGCUGAAAUGAUUCUUAUUCUCAGAUUUCACCAAAUGCAAGAAGUGUUGAUUGACUCACAGACACUUUUCCCUUUCCAGGCCAUCCGCACUUAGUGUUUGCUCACAAGGAACAAUUAACUUCUUUGUCGUCACAGGAAGUGCAAGGUCCCGCCUCCGCCCUGGCGCUAAUAUCAUGUAACUGAUUUCAGUGGUUGGUGUGUGUUGCCAGGGUUUUAAUGCGUGUGCAGUGGAAGUGUCUCGCUGUGGGGUUAGAGCACCAGCGCUAAUCCCAGGGGAUACCUUUGCUUCGGCAAUGAAGGCUGAUGGGUAAAUCUCAUGAGGUCAGAGCCGCUUACGCAAGAGCUGCUUCUCUCUGGAUGGACUACUCAUCUGUAGUGAAACUACAAUGUGUUAUGUAAGACAAUUUCAUGUUUAGUAUUAUAAUCUCUAUCAGCGGGCCAAACGCUAUUUACUUGGCGAGAGCAGGGACGCAUCUGUGACUGAGGGUUUUUCCUUUUGUGCUCAUGUGUUGUUAAGGCACAUGGGUGAAGUGAAGAACUUGAACAUGAAGCUCUCUCUCUUGGUGAGAAUAUAUUAGAAUCUAAGAAGGACUCUUUCCUAGCUGCAUUUUUAAUAGCACUGCUGUUGCCAUGUCAAACCGAGUGUAAUUUAAAUCUAUCAGCCGUAGUUCUCAGUCACAACUAGUCAGCUGCUAUAGUGAACGUACCAAUCAGAGGCUGUCAUAGAGGAUUAGAUUGCUUCAAGACUUAAGCUGUCGCUCCACAUUAAGAAAAGGCUUUAUGGGCUCUUCACAGGGUCUUCAUUGAUUGGGUGAAAAGAGAGCAGUCUUCAUGUAACUCGUGCUGUCAGACAUGAAGUACACAUCAGACACAUGUCAAGUUAUCCAGAUACUUCCGCUCUCACAUAUCCUAGUACAAAUACACAAUUUAUAGAUUUUCAAUGUCUAUUUAAGCUUCUUAGUUUACUUUGUGUAUUGCUUUUUAUUGUGCGACAGUUUAAUCAAGAUUUUUUUUGUUUUGUAAAACUUUACAAUAAUGGUUCAUUUGUUAAAGGAACAGUUCACGCAAAAUUGAAAAUUUACUCACCCUCGGGCCAUCCAAGAUGUAGAUGAGUUUGUUUCUUCAUCAGAACAGAUUUGGAGAAAUUUAGCAUUACAUCACUUGCUCACCAAUGGAUCCUUUGCAGUGAAUGGGUGCCGUCAGAAUGAAAGUUCAAACGGCUGAUAAAAACAUCACAGUAAUCCACACGACUCCAGUCUGUCAAUUAAUUUCUUGUGAAGUAAAAAGUUGCAUGUUUAUGUUACAUUAAGACGUUUUUAACUUCAAAUUGCUGAUUCUGGUUGAAAAAUGAGUCCUAAAUAUUGCUUUCUCCAGAGAAAAAGUAAUCUUGUCUCAAUCAGGAGAGAAAUACACACAGAUCAAGCACUAUUUACAAGCAAAAAUGAGUCGAAAACAUAUGCUGGUGGAUUUUAAUGAGAGAGGACAGUGGGGGAUGGACUUUUUCACUGGAGUAAGCGGUAUUAUGAAUUAUAGACUGAAUUAUUUUAGCCACAAGUGAUGGGUUAAAAAUAAAAUGCUGAAUUUGUUUCUAACAAACAUCACGCAACUUUUCGCUUCACAAGACAUUAAUUGAUGGACUGGAGUCGUGUGGAUUACUUGUGGAUUCUGACGGCACCCAUUGACUACAGAGAAUCGAUUGGUGAGCAAUUGACGUAAUGCUAAAUUUCUAAAUUUUUUAAAAAGGGAAUCAUAAGACUUUAUUGUAAUGAACAAUAAUGUGUCAUUAAAAUAUAAAUAAAAGUUUAAUGACAUUCCUAACACUUUGAAUGUCCUCGACUAUAUCUAGAUAUUUUUGUUUUUCUGAAAAAAAACCACUUGCACAAUCUUAACUAACUAGAUCUUUAAGUUGAUUUAAGUUUCAGAUUUCAGAUGAAAGUCAGCGAGAGCAGAUAUGGCUCAAGAGAUGAUCUGAAGUCCAGAAGAAGUCUCUUCAGUUUCAACCUCUCUUAAAAGUAAUCUUUGUUGUUGCAUAACUAUUGGCCCUGAACAACAGCCCCAGAUUCUGUGACGAGUGAGGACAGCCCAGCAUCCAGCCUGCGUUUCUUUGACCUCGCUAUUUCCCCAACGGAAUGAAGAAGUUGGUGGAAAAACAGCAGAUCUGACUUGUGAAUUUACCUCCCGCUGACACAUGAAUAUGCAGCCUGAAUAUUAUUAUUAACAAUUCAGAAGUGCCUCAUUAAAGAUAACUUAUAAUUUAGGCUCACAGCAUCCAGCAAAUCUGAGAACCAUUUCAAUUUUUCAGGAACCGAGGCAAACAUUCAAUUUAAUGAUAAAUUAACAAUUUAACAAUUUAAUCUUAUUUUUUGUGACCUAUUUUCAAAUUUCAUGCCACGAUUUGUUUGCAACCCCCGCAAAGGGAAAUGAAGGUCACACUAAAAAACAGUUCAAUAUGCUUAAAUAAAUGAACAAAUGAUUUUUAAAUGUGAUGAAAACAUUAUGUACAUUUUAAAUUACAUUUUUGUAUUGUCAAUGGCAACAUCAGGCCUCAUUUUCACUUCAGAUUGCAUGUGUUUCAUGCCGUAAGGUUUAAGGUUAUGACAACAGAUGUUUUACUUUUUAUUCUCUUCAUUGGCGUUAGGCUGCAUGUCACAUGUUUCUGGAGUUCAGAAUAAAUAUCAGACCAGUAAUUAUUCAUGUGGUACAAGUAUGUCACGUGGACUUUUCUUCAGUGAAUCGUUUCAAACUGCACAUCCUAUCAAAGAUUGCUUGUCUAUAUUUAGCCUUCAAUACUGAACAAUGUUUUGAUGUUUAUCACCUUGGAAACAGUUUUUUUUUUUUUGAAGGCAACUUUAUGAAGCUCUGUGCAAAAUUGCAUGUUUCUCUUUCAUCUAGAGCGUUUCAAGAGGAACAUCACAUUGAAGUCACUUAUACUGUAUGUCACAUAUUUCUUCACCAGAAAACAUUUAUUUAUCUUUUAAAAGCCCUUAACUAUGGUGCCUGUGUUAAAGGCUCACAUAAAAACUUGUGUCCAGCUUUCUGCACAUAAAAAGUUAUCUAAGCCUACGAAAUGUGUCCUUGGCUCUGUGAAUUGUAGCAGCGGCCUCACUAAAACACAAUGCAGAGUUUUAAAUGUUUUAUUACUUUAUUUAUUUUUUUUAUUAAUACUGGGAAUUUCAAACGUUUGAAUAGUUUGAAUACACUAUUUACUUUAAAAAUAUCUACAUAACAUUUAUUCAUGCAAUUGAGCAAGCAGCAAGUCCGAGUUUGCUUAUAAUACACUCACAUGAAUUUAUUCAUAAUAAAUAUAUAAUCUCAAUAUACUGGGCUUCAGUGUACUUUAAAACAGUCUGUUUGCUUAACUUGAGUUGGAAGUAAUCGUGAAUUGAUAAUUAACCCAUAGUAUUCAUUAAUAGUUUUAUAACUGGUUUAUCUUUCGUCUUCGUUGGAUUAUGCUGAGUUUGCAGUCAUUUCCCACAAAUUUAAUAUCUAUUAUUGCUCCAAUGUCCGAUUUGUAAUUAAAAUAAUCUUU